CUGAUCCCUCAGAGAGGGUGGUGUGUUGUGUGUAGAUUUGAAGAUAAUGUGACUGAAGUGGAACUUUGUUUAUAUAAUAAAAAUUUUGAUUUGUAUUUAAAAAAUGACUAUAAAAACUUGAAAUUCUGAAAAAGAUCAGAAAUACAAUUGACAAAGAUAAGAUAAGAAAUAUAGAGAAAAGAUAAUUAUAGAGAAAGCAAGAGAAAAAGAUUAUAACUGAAAAUUGUAAUUGAAACGAAAAAUAGAAGGAAUCGAAAAUAAUGGUCCAGUAAUAUGUCGGUGGGAAUAUCCAGAGUGGGCGAAAUGUGACUUAAAGGAUGGAGAAACGUGGAGAAACGUGCCAAGUGAGGGAGAGAACAACGUGGAAUUCGGAAAAUUUGCAGAAAUUGGAGGAAGAUAAAGAAAAUGGGAUGAAGGAGGAGAAGGGGGGACUCGAGAGUUUCUCUGGCUGGCUCAACACAGUGUUGUUAAUGUGAAAAACUUGUGUUUGUGGAGCUGUUUUUUGCUGUUGGAAGUGUUUGGUGUAACAGAGAGAGACCGUUGUCUGUACCCAAACAGGAGCCUUCUGUUGCGUCCUGUUGGCCACCUGUUUGACGUUUUCUAGUAUCUGUUGACUAUUCUUUAUUCUUUCCUGUUCUUUCUACUCUUAUUCCAUUUUCUCUACCUCUCAGACCUUUCCUCCCUUAUAUCUUCUCCCUUCUUUAUUCCCUACCACCCUUCCUUCCCUAUCUUCUUCCUACUACCCUCCAUUCUUACAUUCUCCCUCACACUCUUAUAUUCUCCCUCCCAUCAUUUAUAUUCUCCCUGCUACCGUUCUACCAUAUCUCCCUCCCACCCUGUUCAUCCUCUGUCUCCCUGGCUACCUAGCCUCUCCCUGUAUGACUCUGAACCUAACAAGGAUGCCCAACAGGGAGGAGUCCAGAUCUCGUGGUUCAACUUCACAGUUCCAUACAUUCCCAAGGUUCUGGAACGCACGUAAAGUGCGCAUCUCCGCCUGCAGUCACACCUCCCUAGACAACGAUGAUAUUGUGUUGCAGCAGCUGGUGGUGAGCGGAGAGCUGGCCUGCAGUAAGGAGGAAGUUGCAUCUCUGGCCUGCAUUCAACUUCGUAUUGAAGAGACCUGGGCACCUCCUCACACCUCAUCCUCCAACCUGGCCCCCUCCACCUCAUCCCUCCACGCCCACACGCCCACCCCCACGCACGCCCAUUCCCCCAUCCACACCCAAGUCAGUCUGACAGCGCCCUCACCCGCCCGCGACCACUCCUUCAGUUUUAGUCUCGCUAAUAGUGACACUAGUAAUACUACUGGUCAACUACCACCAUCCCACCACCACUUGCACCUACCCCACCUUCACCCACCACCACCACCCUCAGUUACCACCCAGCCCACGCCCACACAGCCCACGCCCACAGCUAACCACGGAGGUCAACUAUACUUGCCACACACUCAACACAAUGGCAAGGAAGGUGUUCAGUUAUCGGUGCCACUGGACGCGCACCGCCGCCACUCCUUCCUGCACCAGCACCACCAAGACAACGAUGAUGACGACUACUCCACCACUACCAGCAACACGGGCGGCAUGUGGACGGGCGUCAUGGGCGGCAAGAGGCCACAAGCCAUCCCAGCUUCGGAGAGCUUCCUGGGCGGCCCUGGAGACCUGUUCCGUGGCUGCUACGGGGCCCUCGACCCGCACAAGAACGGCGGCCAGCCGGCCUUGACUCUUCAACGAUGUCUCCCUCCUACCUACUGGAGGGCCAAGAACAUGGCCAGACUCAUCAAGGAGCAGAAGAGAAAGUUAUUCCACACUCCGCUCUAUGACUCUGAGGUGGCUCUUAAGAAACUCUAUAUCCAGACUGUGAGACGACUGCCAUCCUUCGCUUGUAACCUACACCAUGUUAAGGAACUACUCAGAGGCAAGACCAAGAAGAAGACCUCCAGACUGCUUGGUAUCGGCGCUAAUAACAUUGUUCUACUGGACACCAAGACCAAAAUACUGGCCAAGGCUCAGAGUACCCAUGACCUUCUACAAGUGAGUUAAUACCAAUGAUCUCUCUUGUUAAGGGUU